AGAGGAACAGUCCAAGUCCCUGAUUGUGCAAAGAGAGUUGAUGAAGUCCCAUGAAGAACUGACUGAGAGUCGAGAGGAAACCAAAGAAGCUAAUGCCCAGUUUACAGAUGUGAGUCUGCAGCUUAGUGACAAGAUCUUGGAGGUGAACACUUUGACAAAAGAAAUGGAGGCACAGUCACAUGAUCUGAAGAAGAUAUCUCAUGAAAAAGAAAGAGUCUCUUCAGAAAUGAUAGCUCUAGAAGAAGAGCAUCAAACGAUAAAACAAGAAGUUUGUGGCUUGAAGGAAGUGAGACUAGGCUUAGAGAAUGAUAUCCUGAAGUUUGAAACCACAGUACAGUUACUUGAAUCCGAGCUUAACACAUUGAGAACCACCCUAGAAGAAAGGUCGUUGAAGGUUUUGGAACUUGAGAAAGCUGUGGUAAAUACCACUGAUAUGUUAAACUCAUCUGAAGAAGAAAGAGAGAGAAUGAAAAGCAAUUUGGAAGGCUCUGUUUCUGACCGAGACAACAAAAUUGUCCAACUUACUGAGGAAGCCACAAAUUGGGAGAAGAUGCUGGAAGUGAAAACAGGGCAGAUAGAUGAACUAAAUGCUGAAGUGUCUGAGAAAAAUGCAUCUUUGCAAAUCUUAGGGGAACAUUGUGAGGAACUGAUGGUAGUUUCAGCCUCAGCUCAGAGUGUUGCUGCCAAAGCCAGAAUAAAACAGACGCAAGUAGUCCUGGAUCUGCAGGCCACAGUGCAGAAACUAUCCUCAUCUAUGCAACAGAUUGAGGUCCUCAGGAAGGAUAAAGAUAGCUUAGAAAAAGAAAAACAAGAAUGUGCCUUACAGUGUUCAAACACGUUGGAUCAGCUUGAGCAGACCAAAGCAGAUUUAUCUCAGGCACAACAGGAUUUAAUGUCUACAUCUUGCACUGUAGAAGAAUCUCAACAACUUGUGCAGGACCUGAAACGUGAGAUUGCUGAAAAGUGUUCAGAGUUUGAUCAACUCCAGACCACUCACAAAGAGGUUUUGGACCAACUUCAUGUAUCAAAGAGUAUGCUUAGCAAAACCGAGGAAGAACUUAUUGAACUGAAGGAAGUUCAUGGAAGGAUCACUGAGGAACUUGAAUCAGUGCAAAGAGAGUUGAUGAAGUCCCAUGAAGAACUGACUGAGAGUCGAGAGGAAACCAAAGAAGCUAAUGCCCAGUUUACAGAUGUGAGUCUGCAGCUUAGUGACAAGAUCUUGGAGGUGAACACUUUGACAAAAGAAAUGGAGGCACAGUCACAUGAUCUGAAGAAGAUAUCUCAUGAAAAAGAAAGAGUCUCUUCAGAAAUGAUAGCUCUAGAAGAAGAGCAUCAAACGAUAAAACAAGAAGUUUGUGGCUUGAAGGAAGUGAGACUAGGCUUAGAGAAUGAUAUCCUGAAGUUUGAAACCACAGUACAGUUACUUGAAUCCGAGCUUAACACAUUGAGAACCACCCUAGAAGAAAGGUCGUUGAAGGUUUUGGAACUUGAGAAAGCUGUGGUAAAUACCACUGAGAUGUUAAACUCGUCUGAAGAAGAAAGAGAGAGAAUGAAAAGCAAUUUGGAAGGCUCUGUUUCUGACCGAGACAACAAAAUUGUCCAACUUACUGAGAAAGUCACAAAUCAGGAGAAAACACUGGAAGAACUGAAGUUGUCUUCAGAUGCAAAUAUAGCCAAGAUGAUCGAUCUUACAUCAGAAGUGAAGGCUUUGAAUGAUACUAUUGGACAACUGGAACUUGACAGGGAAAAUCUGCUUAAACGGCUUGAAGAAACUCAAAGUACUUUGGCUCAUACAGAGGCUCAUGUAGAAACUCUGAAAACGGGAAAACAGCAGGCCAUAGACAAUAUUAAAUCAGUCAAUGAUCAAAAGGAAGAACUCAAGAAUGAACUGAGCAGCCUUGAACAGAAAUUUGAUGAAACACAUUUAAAGAUGUUGUCACUCACGGAAGAACUUUCCCAGGUCAGUGUUGCCAAAUCUGAAACUGAAAACAAAGUUGCUUGUCUUGAAACAGAGAAGGAAAGUUUGAUAAUCACAAAGCAGGAGUUGAUAGAAGAAGUAUCAAGACUCUCAUCAGAACUUAUAGAAAAUGGUCAACAAAUAGAAAAUUUGAGCCUUCAAGUUGAGAACGGGAGACAAAGUGUUGAGAUGGGGUGCCAAGAGGUUGAACAACUCAAGGAACGUGUGAAAGUUUUGAUGACCGAAGCUGAAGAAAGAAAUAUAGAGAUAUCAACACUAUUUUCACAGUCUCAAAUGUCCAUGUCAGAAUUCACCACAGAGAAAGAAAAGCUUAAUAUGACCAUUGGUGAACUUGAGAAGGAUCUUGUGGAGAAAACUGUGGUCAUAGACCAUCUUACCAAUGAAGUGGAUUCUUUAAGAAAUGAAGCUCAUAACAUGGAGGAAUCCUGCAGUGCUUUAAACACAAGCAUUCUACAACAUGAGGAGUCUGACAGAGAUCUUCAGUCAAAUUUAAAAGAUCUGUAUUCACUUGUUGAUCAGAAAGAGAAGGAAAUAACAGAACUCAGGGUGCAACUUCAGUCUGAACAGAAAGAGAGGAGUCUGAUGUUUCACAGUUGAAGGUUGAACUGUCAACAAGAACAACAGAGAUCAGUGAGAUGAGUAACAAACUGGGAGUUCAAAUAGAGAAUUUAAAGAGGACUUUAGUGGAGA